AAAAUUCACAUUCAUCCAGCUACUUCAAUUGAAGAGAGAUGUUGCGAAUUGCGAGCAUUCUAUUUCUGGUGGCGUCCAGCCAUGCCGGAGUCCUUGAUAAGGGUCUCCUCUCCGCCUUCACGUCCGGCACGAAGAAGAUGAACGUCGUCUUCCAGUUCCCCAACGUUAUGGGGGACGUGCUCAGUAGUGGCGUGCUGAACGGGCUGAGUGGAGAUGAUAAGGCGAGUAAAAUGGUGUCCUCACUGAAAGAACAGACUUCUGCGAUGCAGGCUCCCAUUAUUUCGUCCCUUGGACUUUUUGGGAUCAAUGAAGAUCAGGUUACUUCUUUCUGGGCUAACAACAUGUUUGAAGUAAAAGACGCUGAGCUAGGACCCCUCCAAGCGGCCGCCGCUCUUCCUGGCGCAUUCACCAUUCGCGCCCCGUACAAAGUCAACGCACUCCCGAUCGAUGAAGCCACCCGGGUUUCGACCCGCGCGGCAAACGUGACCCUUCAAUGGGGCGUUGCAAAAAUUCACUCCGACAUCGUGUGGAAGGCUGGCUUUGCGGGACAAGGCGUCGUCGUUGGGGUUAUCGAUACUGGUCUUAACGCCCAGCACGUCGCCCUGGUCAAUCGGUACAGAGGGGGCCCUUACUCCUGGAAGGAUGCCGUCGGUCAAGAGGCCGACCCUUACGAUGGUCACGGUCACGGGACCCAUUGCGCCGGAACUAUUGCGGGAGACGCGAACGGGAUCGGGGUUGCGCCACAGGCGCAAAUUAUGGCCUGCAAGGGAUUGGACGAUCGAGGUUCUGGAUCUGACAUCACUUUGACUGCCUGUGGCCAAUUUAUGAUCUGUCCAUCUGGUGAGGAAAACGGUUGCGUGGGCAGACCCCACAUCGUCAGCAACAGUUGGGGUGGACAGCCCCCAGGUGAUAAUGGAUGGUACGACCCGGUCAUCUCGGCCAUGCGGGCGGCUAACAUUAUCCCUGUUUUUGCUAUCGGAAAUAGCGGUCCCCUCUGCAAUACUGCCGGAUCUCCGGGAGAUCGACCAAAACUUAUCAGUGUGGGAGCAACUGGGCCGGACGAUACCAUCGCCUACUUCAGCAGCAGAGGAACACCUUACAAGAAGAAACCGGAAACUUCCGCGCCCGGAGUAGACAUCGUCUCUGCUGACACCAAGAACACUGGUGGAUACGUCAAAAUGUCCGGAACGUCGAUGGCCUGCCCUCACUUCGCGGGUGCGGCCGCCCUCGUCCUGUCAGCCCACCCGGACUACUCGUACGACCAAGUAGUCAAAAGUUUGGUGAACUCGGACAAUUCCGUGAAACCGGCGGGUAGUUUGUGGGAUAUUUUCUGUCCUGGAUACCCAGCCGGAGGAUCGGGACGUAUCGAUGUCGCAAAGGCGCUGAAUCUAACUUCGAAGGCUACAUAAAUGCAAAUUAUGAAAGUUAAUGGAAAACUGUAGAUUAGAAAAUGCAAUAAAAUUUUGAUCAUACUGGGA